AGUGCCGACCGAGGGCCGCGGAGGAGAGUACGCAGGCGCGGGGAGCGCGGGGAGCGCGCCUUGCCUGCGCAGCUGCCGGGGUGGGCGUCGCCGGGACGCGACCCUGGAGGACAGGUUGAGUGUGGCUGUGGGUGUGUGCCCACGGCUGCCUGGAAUUUUCCGCCCGUGACCGCCUGUGGGGUUUUGUCUGGUUGUGUGGUGACGGAGUGUGAGGUGAGGGACUGUGUUUGAAGCGUGUGGUGGCGUCGCUGUGUUGUGAGAGGAGAGCGGGUUGUGGCGUUUCUGCGUGUGUCUGUGAUGGAGCCAGCCGUGUGGUGACGGGGGCGUGCCUCAGGACCAUGUUCGUAUUUCACCGCAAGGUCUGUGGUGUUUAUGUGAGGAAGAGGUGACUGCACCUGUGGGAGGGGGGCCGGGAGUGGGUAUGUAAGUGUGGCUGUGAGAAUUUGUGUUGUUGAAGCGCGUUCGUGUGUGUGUGUGUGUGUGUGUGUGUGUGUGAGACCGACUGAUGUAGGUGGCCGUUUAUCGCCGUCUGGAGUGGCUGCGUGAUUUGACCGGGUGGCUGUAUGACUGCGCUUCAGUGGCUUUGCGGUUGUGAGUGUGUGGCAGUGUGCGACUGCGCUGUCGAGGUGUAUCUCUCCCUGUAAGCGUGGAAGGAGGAUCCUUGUGGGGAGGACUCUGAGCGGCUUUACGGGCGUGCAGGCUUCUGGCAAGGAAGUAUGUGUGCUGUUGUGGGAGGCUUUCUUUCUCGGUAAAACAGGAUAACAACACCCGCGUCAGUUUUGGGAAAAUUAUAUAAAUGGCGUAACGUAGUGAAAUACUCCGUGCCGAGCUUGGCACUCACCAGGCCCUGUGUAGGUGCUGGGUGUUUGUUGGAGUGCUGGUGGUCGUUUUUCGUUGUCCCCGUGCAGAGGUAGAAGCGCGGUGGUGAACGCUGGAGAAAUUUGCAUCUCUGAACUUGAGAUUGAGCAAUGCUUCUCAGAGCUGGGGAUCUGACCUCUUCUAGCUGAGAAGCGGUGCCCCAGUAGCCCAGCUGCUCCUUGUUGUCUUUUAUUGCAUUAGUGCAUUUGAAGGGAGGGCAGUGUCUGUCCUGGUCUCUGGGACCUGAGGCUGCGUAUGGUUGUGUGUCUGCUUCCUAACCAGUGUAGCUUGGGGGACUCUGGGACUUCUGGUUCCAUCACUCAGUAGUUGUGUGACUUUGGGAGAGGUCACUUAAAUUUCUGACCCUCAGUUUCACCUGCAAAAUGGGGAUAAUAAUAGUACCAAUCUUAGGCCUGUGGUGAGCGUUAAGUAGAACAGUCCCUGACACAAGUAAGCUAAUAAUAAUAAUAAAUGCUAAUUGCUUUAUUAUUAACCUAAUAACCCCAAGGAUUCCACACCCAGAGAAUCAAACCCACAGGAAGAAAAGCAAGAAGUGGAGCCUCAGAGAAAAAGUUGCAGGUUAAGAGAUAAAGUAAUCCUAAAGGCUAAAUUGAGCUUAGGUUCAGAAUUUUCUAGUCGGGGUCUUAGGAGGGCACGAACAGAGGGUCUUCCUUUAUGGAGAUAUCCCUAGGGAGCCUGUGGUGUCAAGACGCAAGCACUCAGAGUUAAUUUCUUUCAUUCUGAGAAGCCCACUGGUCAAGACCCAGUGGCAGGGACUGAGGAGGAGUAUCUCCUGAUAACACAGCGAUCUAGAGACAUCUCCGUGUCUAGAGCAGGGUUUCUCAGGCUUGGCACUUUGUUUUUUUUAAAAUAAAUUAUUUAUUUAUUUAUUUAUUUUUGGCUGCGUUGGGUCUUCGUUGCUGUGCGUGGACUUUCUCUAGUUGCGGCGAGCUGGGGCUUCUGUUUGUUGUGGUAAGCGGGCUUUUCAUUGCAGUGGCUUCUCGUUGCGGAGCACGGGCUCUAAGCGCGCGGGCUUUCAGUAGUUGUGGCUCAUGGGCUUCAGUAGUUGUGGCGCGCGGGCUCUAGAGCGCAGGCUCAGUAGUUGUGGCGCACAGGCUUAGUUGCUCCGCGGCGUGUGGGACCUUCCCGGAUCAGGGCUCGAACCCGUGUCCCCUGCAUUGGCAGGCAGAUUCUUAACCACUGCGCCACCAGGGAAGCCCCAGCCUUGGCACUUUGGAUGCUUUGGGGCAGAUAAUUGAAAGAUGGGGGAGAGCUGUCCUAUAUAUUUUCGGAUGUUUAGAAUUAUUCCUGUUUUCUACUCCCCAGAUGCCAGUAGCAUACCCCUGCUGCCCCAAUUUUAACAAGCAGAAGUGUCUCCAGACACAGCCUGGUAUCCCCUGGAGAACAAAAUCACCCCAGUUGAGAACCACUGGUGUACAGGACCAUGAUGAGGGCACACCAUGAACAUUUUCAGGGCGUGAGGGUGGGGAGGAGAGCAAGGGGGCUGGAUGAGAGAGGUGAUAAAGGGAUAAUGUUUCUGAGAUGAGAAGAAAGGGUGUCCAAAGCCUGCAACAUGGGUAGGCUCUGAGAGGCACUCAUUCAUUGAGCAGUCAGAUGCCUGCCAUGGGCCAAGCACCUUGCUAGUCAGGAUGGACCAGGUUUCUACUCAUUGGAGCUUGCAUUUAGUAGAGAGAUGAAAUUAAAUUUAUAACAGGUGGCAGUAAUUAUUUUGAAAAGGAAAGCAGGGUGAAGGGAUUACAGGGUGACUGUGGGUGCUGUUUUCAGUGUCGACACCCAGGCUUCCCAUGGGCAUCUCAGUCAACUCCAAAGCCAAGAAUGGCCACCAUCAGUGACUCCUUGGAAUCCUUUGAUCAGGGAAUCUAAGGAUUUGGCUUUUCUCCUCCCCAGUGCUGAGGUCUGGACUCUUAACAGGGAGAGGUCAGAUCUCCAGCCCGCGACUGAGGCUUGGAGACUGGAGCAGUAGUUCUAAACUAUGGCCUUGCAUAGAAUUUAGAAAUCUUAAAAGAUAAAAAUAAGACAUGCCUGGACUCCAUCCCCAGAGAUUCUGACUUAAUGGUUCUGGCAAGGGGCCCAGCCAUCAGUAUUUAUUAAAAAGCUCCCAAGAGAUUCCUGUGUACAAACAGGGUUGAGAGCUACAGCUGUGAGAGUUUGUGGGCUUCUCUGGGGCUUCUCAGAAUGAAAGAAAUUAAUUCUGAGUGCUUUCAGUAUCUUAUCAAAGGCAGUCCCUACAGCUGCACUUCCCUGCAAUAGGGACAUUCCUAGCCCCAUCCUACAAGUGAGGAAAUCAAAUCUGUACCUGUGCCAGCAGAGCAAGGGCAGGUCUGGCAUUCAGAUGCAAAGCUUAUGUUUUCUGCUAUAGCUGGGCUUGGGUCUUUGGAGAAAGUACCUUUCUAUAUCCCCGGCCUCUGGGGCUGGCAAGUUCAGGAUAGAGGUGAUCUUAAAAUACUAGAUAGGUGGUAUAGCAAAAACAAACUCUGGCUGAACGGAAGCAAUGUGUGGGUGCAUUAAUGGCUGGCUUUCAGUUAUGUCAGGUCCCACCCCAAUUCAACACCCAGCACAGGCCCCCAGGAUCACAGGGGUGCUGUGCCCCAAGGGGAGGCAUGGCCACUGUCCAGUAACUCUUUAUUUUAAUUUAUUUAUUAUUAUUAUUUUUUGGCUGCAUUGGGUCUUCGUUGCUGCACGCGGGCUUUCUCUAGCUGCGGCGUUCGGGGGCCACUCUUCCUUGUGGUGCACGGGCCCCUCAUCGCUGUGGCCUCUCCUGUUGUGGAGUACCGGGCUCCAGGUGUGAGGACCUCAGCAGCUGUAGCAGCGGGCUCUAGAGCGCAGGCUCAGCAGUUGUGGCACACGGGCCCAGUUGCUCCACGGCAUGUGGGAUCCUCCCGGACCAGGGCACAAACCCGUGUCCCCUGCACUGGCAGGCGGAUUCCUAACCAUUGUGCCACCAGGGAAGUCCCUCCAGUAACUCUUUAAGCUUGUUCUCAUCCAGGUUCUAGCCAUCCCUACCUUAGGAGCAGGAAUUUAGCCUUGUGCUAAAUUGCAAAGCCCCUUCCCACCCUAAGGUAUGGGACUCUGGAAGAGAGGCCAGGUUUACAGCGCUGCCCUGACGUGGUGUGGGAUCCAGCCUCUUUAUUUGUGGUGGUGAUGGUGUUUUGAAAAGCACUGUGUGAGAAUUCUUACUUCGGCCCUCUUAGUGUCAGGCUUCCUUGAUGAUGCGUGGUGUAUACUGAAUUAAAAAGGAAAAGAAAGGCAAGAAAUAACCGUGUGGCUGUUGCUGAAGAUACCUCAUGUAAACUUUUAACAGCUAACGGUGAAGCAGGUUUUGUUUACCCCAUUGCACAGCAGUGCUGAGUCCCUUGGAGAAAAUUAUUUUGUGGACAAGAAUCGUGCUCCUUCAACUUGGGGUGUGUGUCAAGGGCAAACAGCCAUGAGAAACCACAGGAUGGAUGCGUUGCCACUUCCUGUAGCAAUCCAUUUUACUUGAGGAAUCAGAAGAGAAGAAUCUGAACUCCACGUCUCACGUGGCUGCUGGCAUGUGUUGGGCAGCACAGCCCCACCUUCUCAGCACUCUGCCCCUCUCCAAAUUGAAACCCUCAAGGGGGAGGAAAGGAUGCCUGCUGCACGUGGGAAAUCCAAGUCCAAGAAUCCUGGCACCAUGUAUCUCCCGUGUUUGGAAGUCCAACGUUUUCUCAGCCAUGUGGAAGCACAAGCCCACAGUGAAAGGACGUGUGAUUUUCCAUUUCAGGCACCAGUCACAUUUGGGGAUUUGGCCAUCUACUUCUCCCAGGAGGAGUGGGAAUGGCUGAGCCCCAUUCAGAAGGAUCUGUAUGAAGAUGUCAUGUUGGAAAACUACCAGAACUUGGUUUCUCUCGGACUUUCCUUUCGGAGGCCAAAUGUGAUCACCUUAUUGGAAAAAGGGAAAGCACCCUGGAUGGUGGAGCCAGUGAAAAGACGCCGGGGCUUGGACUUAGGAUCUAAAUGUGAGACCAAGAAGUUAUCUCCAUAUCAGUGCAACAAAUCUGGGCAAAGCAUCUAUCAGAAAGCAGUUUCUACACCACAAAAAGUUCCCACAGGAAAGAGAAGCUGCAAGAAAAAUUCAGUCCUAAUAAAACCCAAGAAAGUGCAUUCAAAGAAGAAAUCUCUAAAAUGUAACGACUGUGGGAAAUUCUUUAGUCAAAGCUUAUCUCUUAAACUUCAUCAGAACUCUCAUACUAGAGAGAAGCCUUAUGAAUGCAGUAAGUGUAGAAAAGCUUUCAGACAGAUCUCAUCCCUUAUUCUUCAUCAGAAAAUUCACAAUGGAAGGAAAAGCUAUGAAUGUGAUAAAUGUGGGGAAAGCUUCAUUCAAAGAACAACCCUUAUUUUACAUGGGAGAAGUCACGAUGAAAAGGAAAUCUUUGACUGUGGGAAGGCCUUGAGUCAAUGCCAAUCUCUCAGUAUACAUCAGAAAAUCCACCUUGUCCAAAAUGUCUACCAGUGCAGAAAAUGUGAGAAAGCCUUCAUUCGAAUGUCGUCUUUUUUACUUCAUAAGAAAAUUCACAAUGGAAAGAAAAUACAUAAAUGCAAUGAAUGUGGGAGAGGCUUCAGUAAGAAAUCAGUCCUUGUUAUACAUAAAAGAAUUCAUACUGGAGAGAAAACCCAUGAAAGUGAGAAGGCCUUAAGUCAGAGUUUACAGCAGCGAAGUCACCAUGUAGAGAAUCCUUAUAAAUGCAGAAAAUGUGGGAAAUUCUUUAAUAGGAUUUCAUCCAUUAUGCUUCAUCAAAGAAUUCACGCUUCAAAGAAACCCUACAAAUGUGAUAAAUGUGAGAAGAUCUUCAUGCGGCUUUCAACCUUUACUCUACAUGUAAGAAUUCAUAACAGAGAGAAACUAUACAGAUGUAAUAAAUGUGAGAAGGUCUGCAACCGGCAUUCAUCCCUUAUUCAACAUCAGAAAGUUCAUACAAAGAAAAAGAAACUGUUUGAAUGUAAGGAAUGCGGGAAGAUGUUUUCUGGAAUUGCCAACCUUAAAAUACAUCAAAACAUUCAUUCUGAAGAGAAACCUUUCAAAUGCAAUAAAUGUAGUAAAGUUUUUGGCCGCCAAUCAUUUCUUAUUGAACAUCAGAGAAUCCAUACUGGAGAAAAACCCUAUCAAUGUGAGGAAUGUGGGAAAGCCUUCAGUCACCGAAUAUCUCUUACUCGACAUAAGAGAAUUCAUACUGAAGAUAGACCCUAUGAAUGUGAUCAGUGUGGGAAGGCCUUCAGUCAGAGUGCACACCUCGCCCAACAUGAAAGAAUUCACACUGGAGAGAAACCAUAUACAUGCAAAACGUGUGGGAAGGCCUUUAGCCAGCGUACAUCCCUUAUUCUACAUGAAAGAAGUCAUACUGGAGAGAAACCCUAUGAAUGUAACGAAUGUGGGAAGGCAUUUAGCAGUGGCUCAGAUCUUAUUCGGCAUCAGAGAAGUCAUUCUUCAGAGAAACCCUAUGAGUGCAGUAAAUGUGGGAAGGCAUAUAGUCGGAGCUCAUCCUUGAUUCGACAUCAGAAUACACAUUCUGAGGAAAAGGCUUAAGAUUGUUUUAAAUAUGUAAAAGCUAAGAGGGAGGCUAGCAAAGUAGCAGAGACACAGGCAUGGGAAAAUGCAUUUGUCUAUAACAUAAAUUGUGUAAAAAUGGGACAGUUUGAUGGUGUGUCCCACUUUGAAACCCAAAGAGCAAAAGUCAUUGGUGAUUUUGACCUGAGUAUUUGAAAUCAACUGAGGCAGUGACUUUAUCAUAGGUCUUUGUUUCAAAAUAGCAAGCUCAGAUGAUUGGAUCAGUCAUUUUUAAUGAAGAGCAUUCUUCAUUUGAUAAAAAUAACUGGUACUUCAUUUCCAAUGUAAUUUUAAAGCUAUUUCAUUGGUUAUGUACAACAAAGUGAAUUGUAAAUCCAUUUUUCUGGAUGGAGCUGUGAGCCUGAUUUAAGGUCACAUGAAGAAAGAGUUUGAGUUUGUCCCUUAGAACUAGAAGUAUCACACAGAAGGGAUUUCUUCACAAACCAGGGUGCCAUUUUCAGCUGGCAGAAACUUCUGGUUGAGAAUAAAGAAGAUUGAGUAAAGAUAGCACUCAUAAUUGUGUGAAGCAAUAGAGUCAUUACCAUACUGUCUCUAUGGGUAUGAAGACAUAUGAUCUUAAUGGUGUGAAAAAUCUAACAAGCCUGGGAUAAGCUAAUGAGGAAAAAAAAACAGGAUGUAUUGAAGAAUGAGGAACUUCAGAACAAGGAGAAAUCAUUUGUUAUUGUUUUGUUUGAAAAUGAAUUUAUAUUUAUAUGAAUAAACAUUGGUAUUUUCAUGUGAAAACACUGGUGUACAAGUGAUUGGUGGAGAAUGGGAUGUCAUGGACUGAAUGUGUCCUCCCAAAAUUCGUUUGUUAAAACCCUAACCCCAGUGUGAUUGUAUUUGGAAUUGAGGCCUUUGGGAGAUAAUAAGGGUUAGAUGAGGUCAUGAGGGUGGGGCCCUCAUAAUAAGAUUGUUUUUAAAGAAGAGACACCAGAGAUCUCUGCCAUGUGAGGACACAGCAAGAAGGUGGCUAUCUGCAAGCCGAGAAACUAGGCCUCACCAGUAUCCAACCUUGUGGCAUCCUGAUCUCAGACUUUCAGCCUCCCAAACUGUGAGAAAUAAAUUUUGUUUACAUCACCCAGUCUAUGGUAUUUUGUUAUGGCAACCUAAACUAAUACAUGGGAAAAACCCUGCAUUUAUGUGCCAGGCUCUUUCAUGUCAGCUGUUCACCAUAUAUGUAAUAGUUUUCAGUGCUUCUUUCCAGUUUGUGCAAAAUGUGUAAGAAAUAAAAUCAGAAUUCUUUUUUGGAAUUAGGUUAUAUACA